GCUUUAUAGACAGCGUCCAGCGCAGUAUAAAAGCGGGGAGGCUUCAAUCAUGUUCUCCACCACUCCGGACUGACUGCGAGCCGCUGACAACACGGAGACAGAAAGAAAGAUGCCUCCUGCUUUGAAGGUUCCGCUGCUAAUCGCGCUGCUGUGGAUGAGGGUUCUCCAGGGACAAGGCAGAUACAUCGAGCAAAAUGGCAUAAACGAUGACCCGUUUGGGCUUCUAAGUUCGGAGAUGAAACGAGAGUUUCCGCAAGGGAACAUUUACAGUCAAAGUUUGAAAUGUGUGGACAUGUUGAUGGUCGAAGGACAGUUCUCAUUCAGGGCAGAUGGACCACAGCUCAAUUGUGCCGUCUUCUUAAUGGUCGAUCCCGAUGAGGUCAUCUCUUUGGAGUACAAUAAUGUCAACAUAGAUUGUCAGGCUGGAGACUUCCUUAAGGUCUUUGAUGGGUGGAUAUUGAAGGGGAAUGUGUUCCCAAGCCCCAUGGAUCAUGCUCUUCCCAUCUCGGAACGCUAUGUUGAUUUUUGUGAAGGCAGCAACUUGAACACAGCCAUCAGUUCGAAACAAAAUGUUGCAAUGAUCCUUUUUCAAAUCCACACGGCUGGAAAUGGAUUUUCCUUAACAAUCAGGCACUCGAUCAAUCCUUUCCCUUGCAACAUGAUUUCCAAGAAUCCUGAAGGAAGAUUCACAAUGGUCAUUCCUCAUCGGCAGAGUAACUGCAGCUUUUCCAUGAUUUACCCAACGGAGGUCAGAAUCUCGAAUGUGACUCUGGGACACACCAAUGAUGUGACGAUACCCGUUAAGAACUGUGGUGGAGCAACUGAUUUUGUGCAGCUUUUGGGAGGAAAUACAUUGGACCCCAGCAGGAUGCUUCCAAUGGGCGAAAUUUGCCAUCCGUUCAGUGGAUCAGCACCGAUGAAGAUCAGCUGUGAGAACACCGUGGUGCGCAUCGUUUCCAGCGGCAGACAGACAAAUCGUCUGACCUUCGAGUAUCGGCAGCUGGAACACCAUGAAUUGGAGAAACAGUGUAAAUAAAGAUAAUGAACAGCAA